AUGCCUCUUGCUGUGCGCACCCUGGAUCUUUCCAGCAACUUCCUCUCGGGCCCUCUGCCCGACGGGGCAUGCCAGUCUCUUUCUUUUGAUGCCAACUCCUUCACGCUGCCACUGGGCUGUGCCUUGGUGCCGCAGCGGCAGGAGGCAGCAUGCAAUGCAUUCUGUGGCGUCUCCUCUGCAGCUGGUGGUGCUGUUGCGUGUGGUGGACAUGGGAACAGGAGUUACUCAAUCAGCCAGCCGGUUCUCCCGCCAGCAUCUGUGCUCACCAAGGGGACACAGCGGGAGACGAGGGGAAACUUCACCGCAGCUCCGGUGACUCUGUUUGUGUACGAGGCAGGGCAGGGGCUGUCGGGGUGUGGACUGCAGCUCGCCUUCCAUGCCAACUUCACCUUCUCCCUCUCGCCUCAAUCUGGUCGCGUGGGCUUCAACGGCUUUGCCUUUGUUCUCUCGGCAACGGACCGGGUGGGGAGAGGUACCGGUGUGGGGUAUGGUGGAAUGGACAAGCGAAGUGUGGCAGUUGAGUUUGACACUCGGCAGGACAAGCAGCACGGCGACAUGAGCAGCCAGCAUGUGGGGCUGAAUGUUCGAGGCGAGGACAAGUCGCUAGCCGCUGUGCCGUCACCGUUCCCUCUAAGCAGCAAGAAGGCGUACACAGCAUGGGUGGACUAUGAGCCGGGGGAUCCCGGCACCAUCCAAGUCUUCCUGGCUGACUCGAAGGAGAAGCCACAGGAGGCGGUGCUGGAGAGGAGGCUGGCGCUGUGUGAGGUGCUGCAGGGCGGGGUUGAUCAGCACGCCUUCUUCUUUGGCUUCGUGGCAUCCACCACUGUGAAGCCGUUUCAGAAGCACGUCAUUCUCGAAUGA